UAGGCUUGAUGGCAGUACUGUGCGCCCAGCCUCCCUCCUCGUCUGUGGGCAUUGCAGCUGCUGUUUCAGCUGCUGCGCCCCGCAUUCUGCCCUCCUGGAGGAAGGACGCCCCUCAUGCAGGUGCCCCGAUGCCCAGUCAUUCACACUGGGCACAAGACGCCCAGGAAACGAGAGAGAUGGAUGAGAUAUCUCAGGAUGAGAAAUGGGUUUGGCAAGCCUCUGGGGAAGCCAUGAGAGAUAGUGAGUCGCAUGUGGGACGUAGUUUGUUUACCUCACUCAUGGCCCCAUUUAUGGGUGGACGCCAACGUCCACAACUCAGCCAUAGAGGACGUGAUAAAGGAAAGCCUGUAGGAUGGAGGCCAGGAUAUAACAGGCAUCCUGGACGUCCUAGGCCGUCCCAACCUGCGUCCUAUCAUCCUGAUACACCCCAGCAUGUGGUCCACUCAGGAGUCCCACGGCCAUCUCAGUACGUUCCUGAGUCCUCCCAGAUCUCCACUACUAACUACUAUGGAGGCUUGGAGACGUCUCAGCCUCUGGGAGAUGCUAAUUCCAUCUCUGACAUCAAUGUUAAUCCUUCAGAGUUCUCACACCCCAGGCUGGAAGACGUUAUUUACACUGGACUAGAAGAUGGUGGCAAUGGCGGCCAUUUGCAACAGAACAGCGGCAGCUUUUACCAGAUUUCCGUGUCAGAUAAGCCAAAUUUGCAACUUUCCACUGACUUCCAGCCACCUCCGCAUAUCUCUGAUGGGUCUGACAUCACUGACUUCAUGCUGCCUCCUCCAGUGAACGAUCUCUCCCAGAUUAAUGAUGUCUUUCGGCGAAUUUUCACAGCCCUCGUGGAAACACCAGUCACAAUGAAUUCACUGAAUUUUCCUAAAGAACAGUUGUUUAUCACCGGAGACUUGCCUUCUUCUAUGAAUAAAACCGAGGAAGAUGCUUUUAUAUCUUUGCAAAACCAGCAACAACAACCAGGAGGAUCAAUGUCCCAUCACUCACCUCAGGAUCAUCAAGAAACCCAUUUUUUCAUAACGCAUUUAGAAGGAUCUCAAGCUGGUUUAUCCUCAGCCACACAAGACAAUCAACAAGGUUCCAUUUUCUUAUUACCACAACAAGAGGCUUGGCAAGCGUCCCCCAUAUCACAGAACGAUCAGUAUAGUUCUUCACCAUCAAUUAUAUCAGGUCAGGAAGUGCCAUCACAGCCACACCGGCAACAACAACCACACCAACAACUACAACAACAACCAUUAACUACGUUGAAGAACGAAUCUACACUAUCUACAACGAUAUAUAACCAGUUCCCAACAACUCUACAACAAAAUUUUGAAAUAGUGAAUUCUGAUUCUAACUCUUCAAAUACUGAACGAGAGACUGUCAGUCAAGGUUCUCAGAGUUUAAUACCGUCUCUGAAUACCAAGGAAAAGUCCUCCAUCUCCUUGGGUCUUACCCACAUGCUAGACAACUCAUUCCAGCCCCAGCACGAGCUCUCACACUCUCAGAAUGGAAACUUCUUGUCGAGCAGCUCCUUUGAACCCCUACAAGGGUUCAGUAAGGAUGAUCUGGGACCUCCAGGGGCCGUCACUGAAGGGUUCAUGAACUUCGAGUCCAGUGGUGAGUUUUUCGACCAUGUCCUGGGUGGUAAAAACCCCUUUGGAGAGAAAGUUGCAUCUCAGGGCACCAAUCCUACAACCACGCCAUCAUAUGGACCAGAGGGACGUGAAACCCUCCACAUCAGGGACAUUGGCAGCCCUACACCCACUCCCCAGCCCUUAAGCACCAUCCACAACCCAAUGUCGACCCUAACAGCCGGGCAGCCGUUCCAGACUGUAUCCUAUACUGAAAGUAUAACUGGAACCAUGAGCCCCUUCUACCAGACGUCAUCCGCAGCGUCAGCCAUAUUCCAUCCACCAACACUAAUCUCAAUCUCACCACUAGGAUCACCUGGGGAAGUCUCAACCAGAUCAACCAAUGCCAGGUCGCCCACUAUACAGGUUCUCGUUUUACCGUACAAAACAGUGGAGGAACCAGACUCUGGUCCUGGCGGGUCACGGAGCACACAGCCAACCCAGAGAAAGGAGGCAGAUGAGGUCUCUGUGUACUUGGUCAGGAGAGAGAACCUUGCUAGUGAAGAACCUGGUUCAGUCUCCACGUCUGGCGCUGCUCAGAGUACAGGCACAGGCGGCAGUGACAGGCACCAGGCAGUGACCAGCGCCAGUACUGACGCCCUGGGUACUUCCCUCGACCAACCUGUACCGAAUUCAGACGAGACAAUUGAAGACUUUAUGGAGCCCUACUUGCAGGUUCUCGGCUCCCUGGCACCGCCACCAUCAUCACUGUGUCAACAUGGGUUCUGUGACGACCUUACCCAUGAUGAUAAUAAGUAAUACCCAAGCUUAUUACGCACCAGCAUGGGCACCCACGCCCACCUGCACCCACUUGCACCCACCUCCCGCCCACCUGCACCCACGUAGAGUCUUAGAACAGCUGCAUAUCAAAUGUUCCACACUGUUAUUACAACACAGAUCACGUAGCAGCACCAGUGUCUGAAACACCUGCCACACACAGUGUAG